AUUUGAUGAAUUCAUGGUGGAGGAGAGGGCUAUCGAUGGCUACUAGCCAGGAUGGCUUUUCUCUGCCUCCCCAGUUGAGGCAGCCAGGCUUCUGAAUCCCAGUUGCUGAAGCAGCAGCAGGAGACAGUUCCUUUUGUGCUGCUUGCGACUUUCCCACAGGGAAUCUGGCAUCAGGUUAGUCACUGUGAGAACAGGAUGCUGGACUGGAUGGUCCAGUGGCCUGAUCCAGCAGGUGCUUACAUUCUGGUAUUCUAAUAAGAGGACUAGGCCUUGCUGCGCUUCAAGCCCUCAUGUGGACAUAACCCUGGUCUGCCAUGAACCACUGCAGCACCCUGGCCAGUCGAGCAAAAGACGAAGUAUAGGGAGCUCCUUGGGUGAGACUUGUUGCACAAGUGUAAGGAGUUUCGUGACAGCAUUUCAUGCAACACUACAGAAAGCCCUCAUGCUUGAAGACAGAGGGCUGUAUCCAAUCUUAAGCCUCCUCAGAACAGAUCUGUUGAAAUAAAAGGGCAUAAAUAACUUCGGUCUGUUCAUUUGAGUGGGCCUACUCUGAGUAAAAGUUAGUUGGAAACACCCUCCAAGAUAUAUGUCACAGCCCAAGUGAGACUGACUAAUGGUCUUCUACCAGAGUUUCCAACUUUUCCAGAUUUCUUACUUUGUAUUGCAGGAGAUAAACUUUCUUUUUGGAGCAGAUAUAUGUCAGCUGGAUCAAUUUCACCUGGCUGCACAUGACACCAGCCCCCAUGGGAAGACCUGCCUUGGGUUGCCACCAAGUAAACUCUCAUUGGGCUGCCUCCUCCCUGCUGGGAUACUGCCGGGACGAUCACGGUCUCCCAUGGAACAGCAUCAGUCAGUCAGCGACACGAGCCUCAGAGACGUUCCAAGACCCGUGCACGCUCUGUCAUCAGAGUGUGUAAAGCACCUCACGGUAGAAGAGGCGCAGAGAGAGAUGUGCAAGCAAAACAUACAGCAUUUUAUUCAGCAUAGCUCAGGAACAUAAGAAAACAUGUCUGCUUGCCUCCGUGUCCAGCAAAGCAGCAGUAACACAAAAGCAACAUACAAGGGAAGUUCCCAGCAGACAGUGCUGGACGUAAACAGGCAUGUGAUACACAGCAGUCAUGCCUGACCCUUUUAAGGUGGAAGGGAACUGUAUCCUAACAGUCCCUAGUAGAUUUCCCUUUGAAGUUGGAAAUGAGCGGAAGGGACAUCACUUGCUGGUGGAACAAUCACAGGCCAGUUUUUAUAUUAAAACAAAUAAGUAAAUGUAAAUGAGUCCUGACUUGUCCCCUUCCUCCCUUUCUCUUGAGGGGGCAAACGCAGAAGGUCCUUAAAGAAAAGCCCAGCAUCCGGAGGCCUGGUCUUCUUCAGCGUCCCCAGGCAGAGCAAAUGUAGGGCCCAUAGCCCCACCUCCCGCUGUUGCACACUGCCCCCCCCCAAAGAAGAGGAAGCAGCAUCAUGUGUGUUCUCCAAAACCACCACAACUCUUCCGAUUUCGCCUCUUUCUCAUACUGCCUCACGGAAGGUUUCCUGUUUUGCCCCACAGCAGGUAAAAUGGCUCCCUUCUGGCUCUCCCUCUGGAUGGUUCUCUGGAGUCUCCUCACAGCUGGCAGUUUCAGGCUCCCAGCCUUAAGACUCCUUAUCCAAGAUGGCGCUGCUGUUGAGGAUGUGGAGUCGUACGACCUCCCUGCCAACGCAGGCUCUCAGUUCGCUUCCCCAGGACAGUGGGUGUGGAAGAGAGCAGGAGAUGAUGGCCAGGAAUCCCCUCAGUUACCUUGCGGAAAGAAGGAUGGCAGCUGUAAGAACCCUCCUGCGGCCCCCGCAGAACAAGCCAGAAAAAGUCUCACAGUCGCAGAGGCUGCAGCAGAGAGUUCUACAUCUCCUGGGGGAAAUUACAGUGGUGCCACUGCUGAAGUGCCUACUAAUGCCACAACAACUCUAGAUACCUUUGGGAAAGUAUCCACAGAAGUUGGCACCACCAAAGAAGUAAUCCAUUUAAGUACCACAAAGAGCUCUCGUGCUCCAGUGCCCCGUGUCCGCCGUCUUGCUCCCACAAUGGGCAAAACUGUAUCACAAUCUAUGCCUACUGAGACAGAAAAGGUUGCUACUGCCCUCCAAGAAACAACGAUGGUUUUAGGGGUCCCUGAGAAACCGUUGGUUGGAGCAACAAGCUCUCAGUCCAUGGUGGUCAGUUCAGAUGUUUCCACAGCGAAGUUGAGGCAAGCCGUUGGCACAGCCAAGCCUUCCUUCAUAGCAAAGGGAAAGGUGAAAUUUCCUCACUCGACUGAGAAGCCAAGCCCCACCACCGAUUGGCCAUUGUUGGAUGAUGUGACAAGUUCUCAGUCCAUGGUGGGCAGUUCAGAUGUUUCCACAGCGAAGUUGAGGCAAGCCGUUGGCACAACCAGGCCUUCCUUCAUAGCAAAGGGAAAGGUGAAAUUUCCUCACUCGACUGAGAAGCCAAGCCCCACCACCGAUUGGCCAUUGUUGGAUGAUGUGACAAGUUCUCAGUCCAUGGUGGGCAGUUCAGAUGUUUCCACAGCGAAGUUGAGGCAAGCCGUUGGCACAGCCAAGCCUUCCUCCAUAGCAAAGGGAAAGGUGAAAUUUCCUCACUCGACUGAGAAGCCAAGCCCCACCACCGAUUGGCCAUUGUUGGAUGAUGUGACAAGUUCUCAGUCCAUGGUGGGCAGUUCAGAUGUUUCCACAGCGAAGUUGAGGCAAGCCGUUGGCACAGCCAAGCCUUCCUCCAUAGCAAAGGGAAAGGUGAAAUUUCCUCACUCGACUGAGAAGCCAAGCCCCACCACCGAUUGGCCAUUGUUGGAUGAUGUGACAAGUUCUCAGUCCAUGGUGGGCAGUUCAGAUGUUUCCACAGCGAAGUUGAGGCAAGCCGUUGGCACAACCAGGCCUUCCUUCAUAGCAAAGGUUACUAUCUCAGCCACCAUCACCACCGCCAAGGUGAAGCCCCGCUCAGUGACAUCUCUCAGUGGCACCACCAUCUCGGUAGGGAAGUGUUUACUGUGGAUCUUCGUCCUGGCCCUCAUUGCUGGCAUUUUCAUAGUGGCCACUGGUGUCCUCGUGACCAUGCUCUGGCGCCAGAAACGGGCCUACAAAAUGAAUGAGCGCAACCACACAGAGAUGGUGUGCAUCUCAUCCCUGCUAGCUGCUGAAGAAGCAGAGGAGGCCAGAGGGAGGCACCCCAGGGUGAAAAGGGUAAAGAUGCCUGUGGAGAAUGGAUCAGAGGUGGAUAUGGACAACUUGACUCUGAACAGCUUCUUGCCGGAGCAUUAAUAUGGUUCUCUGGUUCUUUCUAGAAACUCCUCACGUUCACCAGAGUUGUGUUUUACAAUGCGAAGCACUUUCAUGCCAGAUCUACUCCAUCCAGAACUAUCUUUAAAAUAUAUGUUGUCCUACACUCACGACACAUCUCUCAGUGGUGAGCAGUUCAACAGGUGAAGCACUUAGCAAAGUCUAGUUUCCUUUGAAGGAGACCACUGUCUGAAAUUUCCCUGACACAUCAGGGAUUCCUCCGUAGAAAGUAGCGGAAUUUUAAAAAAUUGGUUGGCAACCCAUCUGGGAAGUGGGGUUGGCAAUAAAAAGAAGAUGCUCAUUUUCACUUUUUGUAACAUGGCAGCCCUAAUUUACAACGAUGUGGUGGCAUGGAUUUCGCACUCACACAGAAAACCAAGGCCCCUCCUCUCACAGCAGAUCUC